GGAAGAAACUAAAGCGAGCGAAACUCAAACCGACCUGUUGUUUACUGUUUGAACGUUAAAGAGUUUUUAUUUGUUUUCUUUUCUUAUUUGUUUUCUUUUCUUAUUUGUUUUCUUAUUUGUUUUCUUUUCUUCGGACCUUCAGUCGGUGAGCGAAUAAACGUUAAUAACAGUCGACAGAACCGAUAUAACGUCACAUUAACGUUUAACGACGCGAUGAGCGCGAGCCGCAGGACGAGCAGAGAGCGCGCGGUGCUGGCCGCGAGGAACCGGGCGGUGGUUCCGGUGGGAGUCUGGGUGGAACCCGGACAACAAUUAAUGGAGCACCCGGCUGAUCUGGCUUUGCUCACUGAGGAGAUCCAGGCGGAGAGGAGGAGGGAGAGUGAGGAGAGCCUUCUGCGGUUUCAGGAUGAAGUCCGCCAUCGUGUGGCACAGCAGGCUCACGUCAGCAGGAAGGGACAGCAGGUGAGACCCGACAGGAGAGUCCCACACCGGCAGGAGGAGCUGACGUCUGCAGGAGGCGCACAGCAGAGGGCGCCAGAGAGCGGCUUUCAGGAGUCCAGCGGAGGCAUGAGGCAGGUGAGGCUCAGACUGGCUGCCUGUCGGAUGAUCCCACAUGGGGAAAUGACGGCAGACCUUCCCGGAGGCGAAUGGAACGUCUCUCCAUCCAGACAUAAAAGUCGAUCUCACGUGCUGAGAGCGGAGCAGGAAGUGGAAGAGGAGGAAGAGAGAGAUGAUCAUCUGUUCACCAGUCAUCAUGAAUGUCCUCUGGUUCAGCAGAAGCUGAGCGGAUGGUCUGAUCCUGCACAGUCUGAUCCUGGUUUCCAGUCCAGCCUCAGAGGCCAGCGGGUGCUGUGGCCUCUGACUGACCAGGAAGAGCUGAAAAGACAACGUCAGUCUCAGUUCCUGAUGCACCGCCGACUCUACAUGAACAUUGAGAGAGAGCAAGUGAAGGAGAACAAGCAGCACAGGAAACACCUGAAGAGGACAGCAAGGAUCAAAGCAGAGAAAGAACAGAUCCGUGUGGAGGAGGAGAGAAAGCUGGAGAGGGUUCGGCAGCUCGCGGAGGCCCGGCAGAAACUGGAGGAGAGAGAGCUGCUGAUUCUGGAGCGACUGAAGCUGGAGGAGGAGGAGAGAGCCGAGGAGCUGCAGAGGAGGAAGAGGGAGGAGAAAGGGAAAGUGGCUGCACGGUUCGUCGAUGCUCUGAGGGCUCAGAUGAAGGAGCGACUGUCUCAGGAGAAGCUGGAUCUCCCUCCUCUCUGCUGCUGCGCCUCCUCUUUCUGGGACUCCCACCCCGACACCUGCGCCAACAACUGCGUCUUCCACAACAAUCCCAAAGCGUACGCUAAGGCGUUACAUUCAACCAUGCUGAGUUUGGAUUUACAAUAGAAGGAGCUGAUGAACUGCAGUCGUUGAUAAAAACAGGCCGCGUGCUGCCUGAACAGAGAGAGAGAUCCAGGAUGUGUUGCAGACGAUGAAUGACGAUGACUUUGAGUUCAGAUCGGAGGCUGCAGAUGUGUGAACGUUAUCAGUCGUUCUGCCUUCAGCUGCAGGGAUUUAAUGAGCUGAAGGAGAUCUGUGCACUCAGAAUGUGUCAGAAUCAUUUUAAUAUAAAAACAUACAGAGUGAUUUACACGUGUUCCUGAUUGAUUUUUACACAUUAAUUAUUAUUUUUAUGCUGAUUUAAAUUAAUGGAAUGGUUAGAGAGAGUUGUUAAUUAAAGGUUUAUUUGCAUUUAUUUUUUAUUGAUUUCUGACCUUUAAAAUAUAUUUAAAAUCCUCAUAGAAAUGAACUUUUGGUUUAUUUAUUGAUAAUUAAGAAAUGUGUGUGUUUAUGUAGUUAGUGAAACAUCAGGGAGGUCAGUACGUGUGUAAACUUUACAGUGUGCUUUGUUUGUUUGUGUCACAUUAACAUUCUUCAGGACUGUUUAAAAAUAUAAUAAACCUAAUUUUGUCAUCUUUUUUUCUUAAA